AUGGGAAAGAAAGCAAGGCCGUCGGCAUGCGACGGCGGCCAGGGCGUAGACUUGAUCAGCGAGCUCGGCGACGACCUGCUCCUCCGCGUCAUCAGCCUCCUGCCCGACGCACUAGACCUGGCUGGAUUAGCCACACUAUCGAGGCGGUGGCGCGACCUCUCCACACGCUCCCCGACUCUACACCUCCAUCCCGUGUACCGCACCGGAAAGGACGAGGACGACGAGACCCUAAAGCGGUUCAACGCCUCCGCACACCGGUUCAACGACUUCAUCGAUGCGGUCCUCCAGCGGCGCGUCUGCAGCGUCGACACGCUGCACAUGGACGUCCUUCGCUGGCCCGGCGGAGCGCGCGUGAACCUCUGGCUCCGACGGGCGAUGGAGCUGGUGGUGAAAUCCCUGCACCUUUCCAUCUCGCUGCCGCUGUGGAGCGACCAGAUCCCCAAGGACUGCAAGGUGCGGCUGCCUCGCUGCACGAGGGCGGCGGAGAUGCUGCUCGACCUAGACUACGCCAUCCUCAGGCUCCCGGCCGUGGUAGAGUUCAACGCGCUGACUGACCUGUCCCUCCGUGUCAUAUCACUCUCGCGAGGAGACGGCCGCCGCCUCGGCCGCCUCCUGUCGUCGACGUGCUGCCCGAGGCUGCAGAAGCUGGAACUCUUUUACGUGUGCGGGCUGCGGGAGCUGCAGCUCGACGCGAGAGCGCUAGAGACCCUGACGCUGUACGAGCUCGCCGACCUGAGGCGGCUGGACCUGGACACGCCGCGGCUUUCUUCCUUGGAGGUCGGUAGCUCGGUGCUGCGCCGCGACCCCUCCAACUUCACCAUCCGGGCGCCGGCGCUGGAGCAGCUUCAGUGCUCCCUCAUGCCCUAUCCACGAGAGAUCGAGAUUUAG